GUCAGUCUCGGUUGGCUGUUCGUUCGAUUCGGUUUGCGGGCUAGACGGAAAACACACGGGCGCUUUCCCACACACUCAGUGCGUCGAGGGUGAUACUGGCAACGGCAACUGGACGAUUGCUUUGAUUGAUAUUCGGUGAUAAACGAGUGAAGUGCAGUGCGUUGUCAUUAUUCAUCGUUUGCGUUUUUUUUUAUUAAGCGUUCGAGAAGGAUUAUGUGAUUUAGAAAGGGUUUAAUUGGUGCGACGACGUUGGAAAGUUUUCGGGGUACGACGCUAAACUCGUAAUCCAAUUAGUGCGUUUGCCAAAGAAAUCAUAAAACCAUGUGCAACAAUUCAUAACAUGUUCCGCCGUGAGUUCGUGUUACGUAUUUGAAUUACCGUAGCCGAAAGCGAACAGGGAAAGCAAAGGUGGAAAUGCAAUGUUGGGUAGUAUAAAAGCAGUGAAAAGCGUCUAGUGUUGCACAAGUUGCGAAGCAAAUGUUUCCAAAGGCGGACAAAAAAGUUGUCCAGAAAUAAAAUUAAUUAGUGUUGUUCCCACUUCGGACAAACCGGUCUGAGCAAACAACCCCACCCCCGGGGUUCAAACGGAUUAAAGGAUGGCGAACCGUAGGAUUACCGUGACCCGAAUGCAUUUUGGAUUAAAUUUCAUCAUUCUCAUUAUCGUUUCCUCCAUCUACGGUAACCACACGCUGGACAGUGGGAAAACCACCGACAGUAGCACCGGUUCCAGCGAUCCACCAGCACACGGUCAUCAUCCUCCUCCUCCUCCACCCAGUUCGGUGCUGUCGUUGAUACCGGACGAGGAGAUGGCCCACUUUGUGAACCAGUCCCGGAUGGUGAGCUGCCGGUUCUCCAACCCGGACGUGAAACUCAAGUGGCGCAAUCCGAAGAACGCCAUUGUCACCGACACCAAGGGACGGGUGCACAUCGAGGAGCUCGGCGGAUCGCUAACCCUCAUCUUCGAGUCCAUUAUCCGACCGGACCAGGGUAACUGGACCUGCGAGGCGGCGGACGAUGGCAGCGGGAAGGUUCGGAAAAAGUCCUUCAAAAUGAUAGUUAAUGAGCCAAUCUCGUUCCGGGACACACGAACCGUUCAAACGGCGGUGGAAGAUAAGGACGCCACCAUCCGGUGCGAGGUGAGAGGACAUCCGGAACCGUCGGUGUCGUGGUACUUCAAUGGACAGCCAUUAUUCCCUCCGAACGGAAAGUACACAAUGCUGGCGGACGGACUGCUAAUCAAGCGAGUCUCGAAGAAUGACAGCGGCGAAUACACGUGCAAGGCGUUUCAGGUUUCAGCAGCCGGAAGCAGUUUCCAGGAGAAAACGAUUCGGCUCAACAUCAAACACAAGCCUUACUUCCCGAGGCGCGGUUACGGUGCGGUAAACGUGACUUACGGCUACGUAGGUGGGGCAGUCAAUUUAACGUGCGAGGCUGCCGCGGAACCACCGGCCAACUUCUCCUGGUCCGCUAACAACAAGAGGUUCUCCCAUAAAAAUCACCCCAUCUACAGCGGACAGCACGUUUCCCUGUUGCAGAUAAUGAUCAAAAACAGUACCGCUUUCGGCAAAUACAAAUGCGAAGCGAAAAACGAGCUCGGAACAAUCUCGAGGGAAAUUCUGCUCAAGGAAGGUACUAAACCGGAUCCACCUAGCAGGUUUCAACUGCGCGGUGUCAACUCGGACACGCUGGACAUCGACGUCGGAGCGAAGAAGUCACACGACGUUGAUCCGGACCAUUCCACCAUCAUCGGUUACCGUUUCGAGCUGAUCCCCACGGAGGAGUACGCAAAGCACCACAGCUGGGACCGAGCAAACCGACGUGACUUUGACGUCGAGGAUGGGGUCACGUACUUGCUGGUGCACCUGAUACCGGAUACGAAGUACCUCAUCCGGGUGGCAGCCCGAAACGCUGCCGGUCUGAGCGAGUGGACCGAGGUAAAGGAAUUUUCCACCCAUCCGCUUCAACCGCACGGUUUCAACUCCGGUACCAGCCGGGGUGAUUUAGGAACUGCUGCGCAGUAUAUCCGGCUACUGCUUCCACUGCUGGUUGCUACUUCCAGUUUCGGUAUGCACUCGAUCACGACGAAAACAGCGACGUCGACAUUUUAACCACAUUCGGGAAUCGCGCACGUUUUCGGAAAGGACGAGAUGUAGGGUGGGGAAACAGUCGAUAAAAAUAAAAGUUCAAUCAAAAGACAACCCAAAGCGAGCAAAAAGUAACACCGCCAUAGGGCAGCGCAGGAAUCAGAUGGCGUUUGACGUCGCAUUCAUUCAUCUAUAAAACCUCAACUCACUAGCCCCCUACCGCCCCCUUCAACCAACAAUGCCCGGUAGGUAGGACACUUUUCCAACGGAAAAAGGUUUUUUUUUUCUAGCUGUUCGAUGCAUUGCAAUUCGUUGAUGUCCACCGUUGACCAAUCAAUGAUUUGGGGACGAGAAAAACGUAAUCGCGAAGCGAACUAAUUUGACUCACCUUUUUUGGGGGGCAGUUAAACGAAUUUUAAGUGCAGAGCAGCAUGCAGUGCUUGAACGUGGAUGGUUAUAGUGGACAGACAAAGUGGACGUAACACUUCGUAAGUUGGAGAAAUGCAGGUAUUUUAAGUUCUAAAAAAUCGUGUCCCCUCUGUCCAACCUGUGACGAAAACAUUAGUAGAUAAUACGAGUUACUUUUUGUGUGUCCGGGAAUGAUGUCCGGAUCAGUGUAGGAAAACAGAUUUAAUUAUGUUUAGUCUAUCAUUAAAUGAGUAUAUCAAUUGUUGAUAGUUAGAGUAAUGCCGUCUCCGGGAAACGCCCCGCUUGUAGCACCUAGUCACCGAGGACGAAAGAGUUUUUUAUUUCUAGUCAUAGUUUAAACUACAACUGCAAAUCAAACUAGUGUUGGUUGACGGUGUUCAAAUCAAACAGUUAGGCGGGUGAUUUUUGUUUUUCUCAGUACAACUUCCAGCUUCUAGUCGCGAUCAGCCAAUAGCUCGACGUCGUGGUUAUUGUAAUCCUGGCUAUUGCGCUUAUGAUGUUAUUUGGAGUGAAGCAUUGAGUUUUUUGUCAGUAUCCAGAGUAUCUUCCGAACUCCUACAAUUUCAGAGAAGGUGAGCCAAUAAGAUCAAGAAGGUCGUUUGAAAGUAGGAAAGAAAAUCCUCAGAGAAUUUCCAUGUAAUUAUAAAAUUUCUUCAAACAGCAGAGUGUUCACGGAUAUGUCAAUAAAAGCUAAGUUUUUUGUUAGUUUCAUAUUACAAUAUAAUCUAUUUGAUUUAAUUUAAUUUGAUUGCACUUUAACUAAUUUCGCAAGGAAAGUAAGGCCGUCUAGUCAGCCUUUCUUUAGAACAAUCGUGUCGAUGUCCUUAAGCCAACACCGACCACCUUCUCAAACUGACAAAAGAUGCGCAGUGAACACAAAGAUUCGUCCGUCUUCAUUGAUGCGAUAUGAGCAGAUUUGUCCACUUCCUCAUCUCUCCAUAACUCAACCGAUCUUUUCAGUCUAGUGGGCCCUGCUUUUCUAUGCAAUAUUUUUUUCGUUAUUUGACGUACUCAGUUGGUUCAAGCGAAGUAAGUUGUAGCAAUCAAAUUAGUUUA